AUGUCGCAGCCCCUCAGCGGGCACCCCUCAUGGGACCAGCUUGACAGCAACCCAAAUCCGUUGUCCGACCCAAACUCAAACCACGGGCCACUGUCAAAUCCAAAUCCCCUCCUCCCAAGCAAUGGCCGUGUCGAUCACGGCCAAUACAACUACUCUAACAUGGCCAACCCAAAUCCGUUGUCCGACCCAAACUCAAACCGCGGGCCACUUUCAAAUCCCCUCCUCCCAAGCGAUGGCUGUGUCGAUCACGGCCAAUACAACUACUCUAACAUGGCCGGAUUCAACCACACCCCCACUCCCAUGGCGCAACCCGAAGCGCAAGACCAACAUGUUGAUACUCGACUGAUGGACGUGGCGGAUCAGGGCCAUGGAGGCCCGGGCUUUCCGCAAGGCCCAAACCCUCCCAAGCCAAGCUGGGCCCCAGCAAUCACCAACUUUUACCUGAAUGGGUCCACCCCCCUCGCCAUAUCCGCCGCAGGGCAGUCCAGGUAUGCCUUACAGCCCCCCUAG